AUGGACAUGAAGAAUGCAUUUCUUAAUGAGGAUUUGAAAAAGAAGCAAAGUCUGUCUCCUUUGAAAGGCACUUAUGAUCUUAAGCAAGCUCUUCGAGAAUGGUUUGACAAGUUCAACAACACUAUAUGCAAUCUCGGUUUUACUUGCAGCCCUCAUGAGAAUGCUCUCUUUAUUCGUAAAAGUGAACGUGGAGUUGUUCUUCUGCAUUUGUAUGUUGACAACAUGAGCAUUAUUGGAAAUGAUGUUGAUGGUAUCUCUGAUCUCAAAGCAUCCCUUCACCAUACUUUUGAGAUGAAAGUUCUUAGUUCUCCCAGUUAUUUUCUUGGUCUCGAGUUCAUAUCCACAGAUGAUAGUAUCUAUCUCUCUCAAGCUAAGUAUGCUUCAUAUCUUCUUGCUCGCGCUGGGAUUAUAGAUAAUCGCACUGAGUCUACUCUCCGUGAGCUUAAUGUUCGAUUUACCCCUAUGGAUGGCAUUGUUUUGGAUAAUUCUACUCUUUAUCGACAGUUGGUUGGAGGUUUCGUCUACUUGACUGUCACACGCCCAGACAUUGCCUAUCCAGUUCAUGUUCUUAGCCAAUUCUUGUCAGCUCCUCGUACUACUCACUAUGCGGCUGUUCUUCACAUUCUUCGCUACAUCAAAUGUACUCUGUUUCAUGGACUUCAUUUUUCUGUUCAUUCAUUUUUAUCCUUUCAGGCGUACUCUGAUGCUGAUUGGACUGGUGAUCCCAUUAAUCGUCGUUCUACUACUGGUGAUUGUUUGUUUCUUGGUGACUCUCUCAUUUUCUAG